GGGCGGACGGCACAUUUUACGACUACAACGAAAAGGAUUUGAAGGGAUGCAUGUUUGCUUUCUCUAAGUGAAGUCGGAUAUAAAUUGUCUAAAGGAGCACAAUUCGUAAAAGAGAAAUAGCAAUCGAGCAUCGGCAUCCUCACGCGGUUGAGGCCAAGCUGAUUUGAAGCUGAGGAUAGCACAAGCAGCAUUUUUUCUGCGUAAUUCGCAGCAAGAAUUCAGAUUUGACACGGACAGCAUACGGUGAGACUACGCAUUAUGCGUAGGAAUCGAUCGCAAAACAUUUCCUGGAUCCUAUUUCGGCGUUGAGGAGGCAAAUACUGCCAGUGACUACAGAUGAUCACAGGUCUCCCCCCCCUCCUCCUUAACAGUACAGAGGCUAUCAGGCAAAUGGUAGCCGCUGUGAGUCGGGCGAGGAGCGAGUGACCAAACCCGGAGGAUUUCAGACAGAUGGAAUAGAAAGAAUACUGCUCUCUCAAAAUAUAUCACAGUAGACGGAUAACAAGCUGACUCGCCAAACAAAUCUACAGCAAACUGUCAGGGUUGAUAUGACGCUUGGGUUUAAAUAAUAUUUUUUAAACUGUCCGAGAACUGACAAAAUGCAGGUGCAAACUGAUCAGCUGGAUUUUUGAAAUGACUUGGUCGGCGCUGACGCUGUCUGAUGGCUCAAACUGCAUAAUAGCCAAAUGGCAUUUUAUUUUGCGUCGACUUGACGUUUGGACCUCCAAUAUCGGGUCAGUUGUCUAGCUAGAAGUUCGGAUGAAAGUAAACAACUGGAGCAAUGUUAAACUACAUGGUCCGGAGCGUAAUGUACUAUUCGUGCUGAAGCGUAUGGGUCCUGCGUACUCAAGCUCCCGACUCCCACACAAAAAGGAUUGUCUCUGUGUUGCCGGGGGUGCAGUGCAGUAGCUGUCACAGCUCCACAUCUGGCUACUAGCUAGCUAACUGUUUUUCCGUUGGGAAGCUAGUGAGGUUGAAUGAGUUUCUGCAUCAUUCGAGAGAAAGAUUGCUUUGUGAAAUCACCUCUGUGGUUAUCGUGUUCUGAAGAAGGGACCUGUAUUUUGGACAAUAUCUGAGAUCAAUCGAACUGUUUGAAGUGGUUCACAGCUGUCUUCUUAGCGAAAAGACUUUGCGUAAAUCACGUAUUUUUAAAGGCAAAGAUAGGGUGACAUUGCAGUCUCAUCAUAUUGGAUAUAACGUCGCCCGACAAAAAAAAGUGAAAGUGGGGCAUUGUCCGUCACACGUAUUAACGCAGUGGGAUUUGUACGUCUGGUCGGCGUUUCCCCCCACCCUCUCCGCGGUGACGGUGAUGGGUCGGAAGCGGUGUGUCGGUGCAGAUUGUUCCAAGAUGGCGGCUGGGUGCUGCGGGGUGAAGAAGCAGAAGCUGUCGGGAUCCCCCGGGUCGGGGGGUCCUGGCGGGGUGGGGGCGGGAAACGGAGUGGCAGGGACCGGACAUUGUGGAUCGGACUUGGGGAUUGGUUCCUCCUCGACUGUGGCGGCAGGGAACAUGAAUCGAGUAAACGGCCUGGGGUGUCCUGGGGGUAGUAGUAGUAGCACCAACGCGUUGACCCCAACCCCGGGAGGCUACAACUCAGCUGGCCUCUCCCCGAAUCUAAGCCUGGGAUCUGGUUCGGGAAGUGGAGGCAGGAAGAUGGUUGUUUCGGCGGAGAUGUGCUGCUUCUGUUUCGACGUGCUUUAUUGCCAUCUGUAUGGAUACCAACCUCCCCGAACACCUAGGUUUACAAACGAUUCCUACCCGCUGUUUGUCACAUGGAAAAUAGGCAGAGACAAGCGGUUGAGGGGAUGUAUAGGUACAUUUUCUGCCAUGAACCUGCACCCAGGACUCAGGGAGUACACCCUUACCAGUGCCCUUAAAGACAGCCGCUUUCCCCCCGUGACGAGGGACGAGCUGCCACGCCUCUUCUGCUCGGUGUCUCUGCUCACCAACUUCGAGGACGUCGGUGAUUACCUUGACUGGGAGGUGGGUGUUCAUGGCAUUAGGAUAGAGUUUUUCAAUGAAAAAGGAUCAAAGCGCACCGCCACCUACCUACCAGAGGUCGCAAAAGAGCAAGGAUGGGACCACAUUCAGACCAUAGAUUCCUUACUACGAAAGGGAGGCUACAAAGCUCCCAUCACAAAUGACUUCAGGAAGACCAUUAAGUUGACCAGGUACCGUAGCGAGAAGAUGACGAUGAGCUAUGCUGAGUACAUCGCCCACCGCCAGCACCAUCAUUAUCAGAAUGGCACCGGGCACCCUCUACCCCCAUACAACCAUUAUUCCUGACAGCGAGCCGCAUGACCAAUCACUGGACCUCUCUGCGGACCUUUUCCCAGGAGAGCCCGCCCCCUCCUGGUCUAGCUAUCUCUACUAUUGUACAAUUUUAUGAUGAUAGUUUCCGUUGCCAUGCUGACGCUCUCCCAGACAUUGACGUGGCAACGGGUGGCAAAAUGAGCAUCAAUUGAUAAUGAUGAGAAAAAACAAAAAUCGUUUUAUUUUUAUCCUCCUAUUGAUUUAGUUUUUGCAGCAUAUAUAUAUAUAUAUAUAUAUAUAUAACUCCUUUAGUUCUUAUUUUCGUUCACAAAUACUAGAUUUUCCUAAAUGUUUAUUAUUUUCAAACAAUCCUAAUCAGGCUUUUGAUUCUGUGGAUGGAAGCAAGUCAUAUAUAUGGUAAAUUAGUCUUGCAUAAAGGUAUAGGCUCAUAUUUUGUGUAGGCUUAGCUACAGUGUCCCAUUAUUUGUAUUUUCCGUUUAAUCCUUUCUUAGUGGCCGGAUUGGCAUUAUUUGUAUCAUGUAGCAAGCCAACAGCCGUUCUGGAAGGUUCUAUCUUUUCCUCAAUUUUGCGAUUCCUCUCAAGAAAUUAUUGACUGUUUAAGGUUGGUUUGGCCUUUGUAAACCGUUGUAGUGCUGUAGUUUAGAGUAGAUGUUGGGACUUGUAUACCCAAUAUUGUAGAUUGUAGGGUUGUGAUGCCACGCCACCAGUAUUUGCUGGUCUUCUUUAUCACAUUGCCACACAAAUGUGUUUGCUUUUCUGUGUGUGGUUAGAAGUUUGUUAAGUUCACAUCUGACAGGAGAUUGAAACCGCUAUAUUAAAUUAGGAAUAGGAUCAUGACAAAAUAUAUGACAGAGCCAUUCAUUUCCACCCCUGAGUGUUCAUGGUGUUUUGUAAUGAAACUUUCAUUUAAUUUGUUCGGCUCCAGCUCAGAUAUUUUCGCUCGCUCUUCUUUCCAACUUCAUUUUAGCUUGAUCAUGGCUGCGUCAAAAUAGGUAAUCUGUCCCUUGUCUCUGUGAAGCAGGCCACUAGUGAAAGUGAUCCACAGGUGUGGUAGGGUUGGAGAGUUGACUGGAGGACUGAAUGGUUUGGUGUGGUAGGGUUGGAGAGUUGGCUGGAGGGUGUGGUAGGGUUGGAGAGUUGACUGCAGGGCUGGAGGGUGUGGUGUGGUAGGGUUGGAGAGUUGGCUGGAGGGUGUGGUAGGGUUGGAGAGUUGACGGCAGGGCUGGAGGGUAUGGUGUGGUAGGGUUGGAGAGUUGGCUGGAGGGUGUGGUAGGGUUGGAGAGUUGACGGCAGGGCUGGAGGGUGUGGUGUGGUAGGGUUGUAGAGUUGACUGCAGGGCUGGAGGGUGUGGUGUGGUAGGGUUGGAGAGUUGACUGCAGAGUGCAUUGUCCUCUGAGAAAAAGGCCUUCAUCCUGUUAUUCCAUGCUAGUUGGUUUGAGAGGAAAAUCCAAUGAAUGAGACUUGAGUCUAGUGACAGGGAUAUGCUAAAACUACUAAAAGCCAUAUUCUGUUUUUAAUGCAUGUGGUUGGUUUGUAGGCUUGAGAUGUUUGCUUUUCUCUCCACCCCCUAUCUAUCCAUAACCUCUGUGUUUACUUCCUCUACGAGUUUACUUUAUUCUGGUGGCUUUGGUCCCAAAAAUGGGGUUUCCUCUCAAAGUUUGUGUUUUGGUCCUGGUUAGGAAUCUGGGCCUGUGAGACAUUAUCUGGACUUACUCGGUUAGCAUCAGGGGUGUAUUUAUUAGUUGGAGUCUGUUGCAAAACGUUUUGCAAUAAAAAACAUUUACUGUUUGGUUCCUAGAGUAAACAGGGCAAACGGAACAAAACGGGAGGACUACCUGAAUUUGUCCAAUAGAAACUCGUUUUCAUUUAGAAAAGUUUUACAUUUGCAAAACAUUUUGCAACGGGAUCCGACAAAUGAAUACACCCCAGCGCUUGAGCUCCUUUGUGUUUGUUAGAGUUCUCGUCACCUCCACUGCUUUUAUACCAUUUUAACUGAAGCUUGUGGCCACAAUGACAAAUAAUGAAACUUGAUGUAGGUCUAAUCAAUGUUUACAUCCACAUUUGACAUUACAUGCUUGAUGACUGACGGUUGCCAUAGCUGUGCACUUUCAUGUGCUCUCGUCAAAUGUUAGCUCUUGUGGAGGCUUCUGGAGGUAGCGUCUAGCUAACCUUAAACCCUUGGCACUGUUCAUCGUGGGUUGAGUUGUUGAAAUCCGUUAUUUCCUCAUGACAGGCUGCUGUUUGUUGAGGUGCUUGCUGUUUUCAGGACCAGUUGCUCCCCAUCUCUGUGCCACUAGAAACCAUGCAUGGGUUGUUGGUAUUUCUUGUCAGCUGUUUUGGCAGACUGGUGAGCUGGUUGAAACUGAUGCAGAGGAAACUGGGAAAGGAUGGUCAAGCUGCAUUCAAUCAAACCCUACAUAAAGAGCUAGGGAUUUCAAAGGACCAGUGAGGCCAUUUCCUCUUCAAGUAUUCCUUAUUGUCAGUCACAUCAAUGCCCAGUAGUUGGUAUGUUUUAUCAAGUGUAGUUACUGGAUUAGCUCAUGACCUCCGUGUAUUGUACAGGUUUGAGAGGUGCUUGUACCAAAAAAAUAAAAAAAUAAUUUUGGAACAGCUUUUACCAACUGACAGUAGGGUUAAUCCUUUUUAUUUUAUUUUUAUAUGCAAAAUGUUAAGGGCUUUUGGCACUCCAUCCACAGUAACCCGAAAUGACCCAGAUUUCAGUUGUUGAUUUAAUAAAUUAUGGACCAGUGAAAUGAUGCCCUGAGUGUUCCUCUGUCCUGUACUGUUGUCUAACCCUGACCUCAACCUACAGGGCAGUGAAGGGCCUUAAAAACCUGAUUCACCCAUUCACCCUCAGAUAGACACAUUGUAGUGGGAGGCAGGUGGGAACCUUCCUUGUAGUCACACCAGGCCAUUAGACUUAGAAACCCCAGCUUACUUAAUUAAUAUAGCCUAGUGUAGAAGUGGUUGGUCCACAGACAUGCAAGGUUCAGAUGUUAUUGUGAUAAUGGUCUAUCUACCCUGUUCUCUGUGGUUCCCUGCUCAGAGAUUGGAUGGCAUUUCCUUCAUAUUAUCCUCUUGGGGUCAGGGAAAUGCUGCUCAACAACAUUGACAGGACAAAGGAGGCCUACUUAAAGAGAUAUAUUGGCCUAGUAGUUUGUCACAAAAACAGUUUUCAGAGAACUGCAGGACAAGCUUUCCCUCUUGUUGAACAGUCAGGUACCCAUUUUCUGGUCCAUUCACUACAGCACAAGCGGAACAUUUUCCUGCUGCAAAACCAAGUCCGUCAUUCUCUUUUACAUACUUGCUGAUGUAUGUAUACACAAUCCAUUGUGUUGCAUGUGUGUAUGUAUAUAAAACAUACAGUAUGGUUUAAUCCCCGACACGCUUCAUCUAAGGCUUAGAGACUCGUAUAAAUCAUCAGAAAUAAAUAAAAUGGUGCUAUUGGACCUCAUGUUGGGGCGGUUGCGGGUUUCGUGACUGGUCAUGCGGACUCAUCGAUCAUAUCAGACUUAUUAUCCUUGAUAUAUGCAGAUCUGUUCAACAGGUGUUUUUUUCCUACCAGUGUAAGUCAACACCCUGCAGGUUUGAAAGGACAAGAAGUCACAACUAACCCCCCUCCCAACUCCCUGCCUCAUGGCCUGGGGGUUAAAGGUGUAGUCUGUCGUUCAGUAGAUUGUGGCAUCAGAAGGGGACAUUCUCUCCUGGGCUGGGACAGUAAAGAGUUAGAGUAAAAGGGUUCUAUCGCCCCUCUCCAGCCUCCCAUCGUAGGCCCCUUUCCCUGUCCAGCCCAUGACUGGAGAUUCCUCUUAGAAGCACACCCAUAACACUUCAUGUUUUACCCCUGUUAAAUCGUGAGUUUUUAUAGCUGACCUGUAUCAUUCACUCGUCCAUGGGGUUGAUUAUCUGCUUAAAAGAUAAUCUGACAGAAGGCUCUCACUCAACUCUGGCUCUUACAAACUCCCUCAAAGGAAGUCGUGCUUCUCAUUUAAUAUUGUCAUGCAUGUAAGUUGGCAGGUUUAGUGAGCCAGGUGAGUGAUUGCUGACAUCAUCAGGAUGCUCACAUAAUUCUUGUAUGACAUUUGACUAGGACCAUUCUUUGCCAUUCAUGAAUCAGUCUUCCGUAUGACCGUAAGUAUAUCAUGUAACUUUAACAUGGAAAUGACUGAACGUAAAGGUUCAUGAAUAUCAAUUAAUCUCAGUCAAAUGUGAUGUGAUUUUUCCUGGUGUCCUUCAAAAGGUAAUUCUGACUGCUCAUUUGCAGUUAGUUUAAACACACCUCUGCCCAUGGAUGAGUGGCCGUUGUUCAUACUGACACAACUGGGAUAAUGUGUGAAGACAAUGUCAUUUGGCUACAUUGCCGGGUUUAGCCCCAGCAUUCCUUGUAUAUGUACCGGUAUGCAUAUAUUUUUGUGGAAUGCUUACGCUCCUAUUACCUUUGUUUGUUCGACCGAACCAAAGAUGCCUCUGGCCCAUAGCGAUGUAUAGAGAUCAUAACAUGGAAGUAACCUGUUUUUGCAUGGACAUUGCCAUUGAGGGCUUACGCCAUUUUAAAAUGGUCAACUGGAUGGGGAUUCCUAUGGGUUGGGAGUGAUUGGCCAAUGAGCAGAGCAUUAUUUUCUUCUUCAAAUUAGUUUGCCUAGUUUGUAAUUGGCUUUAAGCUAUAUGACUGCCAUCUAGCGGCCACAAAUGAAACACGAUUUGGUUCAAGACUCCAUCACUGCAGGUGAUAGUAAGUCACCAAUAUUAGCUUUACACUUUUUUCAAACAUCAAAAGAAGGAAAUGUACUACUUUAAAAUGGAGAAAGCCUCAAUGGCGCUGAGCCUGCUGUCACAGACGCCAUAAUGGCACAGAUAAAACGUAGCGAUCACUAUACAUCUAUGUUCUGGCCAUGUCCAAAUGCUGCUCUUCAGGCCUGGCUUCCUGUCCUUCCAAAAAACACCCCUGCAAGAGACAAAAUGUUAUUUUUUCCCGUCUGUUUAGUUCUUUUUUAAAUCUGUUUUUUGUACGAUUUCUAACUUGUCUUUUGAUUUCUUUAGCAACCUGUUAUUCAAUGAAUGUUCAUUGAUUCUUUCUGAAGCCUUACCAGGCCUCAAGGAUAGGGAAAUUACUAGGUUGCACACAUUUAUUUUUAUUUUGUUGUUGUCACUUGUAUUUUCAUUAUUAUUAUAAUUUUUUCAACAACAACAAAAACCCAUAGCGUGCCUCCUAGAUGUAUGGGUUUCUGUGUUUCUUUCCUAAAGACCAGCAGUUAUACUUUAUAUAAAAGAUGAGUUUGUCCUUAUUUUUUACGCCAUUAAAGAUGAAAAAAAAGCCUAUUUUCUUUACUCUGGACCCAGUAGCUGCACUGGUAUACAAUCGCACUAAUAGAUAAACAAAAAAAUAGAAAUAAAUGAAUCAAUAAUAAAUGAAAUAAGAACUACAAUAAACUUGUGUUUGGAACUUUUCUAAGAUUUACUAAAAGAAAAAAAAUGAAAUGACUGUUUUUGUACAUCAAAAUCAAUUCUUUUCCCAAAAACUUUUGGAUCUAGUUUCUAAAUUAUUUUAGUGGUUUUCUAUGUUCUGAAAAUGUGAGACACGGAGUUGUGCGAAGUGUCGCUGUGCAGAGUAACUGUCUCUGCUUUGGUGGCAUGACGGGACGUGGGGUUGCCUGGCGUAACCCCUCACACCCACCUUUUAUUUCUUCUACUUUGAAUUUUUGGUUCUUUCUCUGCUUUAGUAACUUAAAUGUUGAUGGAAGAAUAUGAACUGGGAUAUAUAAAAAAAAGACUCCUUUAGAGCUAAAGUCUCCUUUCUCUCCCAUUGAAUUGCUGUUAGUGUGAUGAGACUUGAAAUGGGCAUUUAUGAUAGUAUGGCUCCAAAAAAAUACAAAUGGAAAAUUUUACAAAAAAAUGUGUGGGGAGGGAGAAAAUCUUAUAUAUAGAUGGGUUAUCAGUGGGUAUGUGAGAAAUGGCUGUGGAUAUGAUCAUGUAGUUUUAAACAUUGUUAUUACCGUUUAAAUUCAUUUAGCCAAUAAAAAAUAAAUAAAACCAAGUGAAAAGAGAAA